AUGAAGGUAAGAAAAACGUUUGUUUUAAUUAUAGGUGGAGGGCCAACAGGUAUAACAAGUGGAUUGUAUUUACAGAAAUAUAAUAUACCUCAUAUAUUGAUCGAAAAGGAUAAAAGUAUAGAAAAGAUUCCCAAAGCUCAUUAUUAUAAUAAUCAAACUAUGGAAGCAUGGAGAUGUUUAUAUCAUUUAGAUAAAUGUUUUAUGAAUGAAACCGAAAAAUUAGAUCUAUGGAAAAAUUUUCAAUAUUCCUUAAGUAUGCAUAAAGAAAAAAUUAUAAGUAUAUAUAAUAAUUUUAUAAAUAAAUAUACAUAUAAAAAUACCUAUUAUGAAGAUAUUAGUCCAUCUAAAGUUACCCAUUUGUCUCAAUAUAAAUUAUUAGGUAUUUUAUAUAAUUAUUAUUUUUUUAAUAUUAAAGUUAAUAAAAAAAAACGUGAAUUUUUAAAAAAUAUAAAAUUAAAAUUUUCAACAUAUAAAAUAUUAAAAUGUAUAUAUGAAAAUAGUGUUAUCAAUAAUGAAGUGAAUGAUAAACAUAUACAUAAUGUUCAUGAUAAACAUAUACAUAAUGUUCAUGAUAAACAUAUACAUAAUGUUCAUGAUAAACAUAUAUAUAAUUCUCAUGAUAAACAUAUAUAUAAUGUUCAUGAUAAACAUAUAUAUAAUGUUCAUGAUAAACAUAUAUAUAAUGUUCAUGAUAAACAUAUAUAUAAUGUUCAUGAUAAACAUAUAUAUAAUUCUCAUGAUAAAAAAAAAGAAGAUCUUAUUAAUGAUAAGUUUUUAAAAUGUUGUUCCUAUGAUAUAUCUCAAAUGUUAAUAGGAUAUGAAUUUGUUGAUUUUAUAAAAAAUAUAAAUGAUUUAAAAAACAUUGAUAACUUAUCAUUAUCACAAGAGGAAAAAAUCAUAUUAGAAAAAAUGUGUAUGGAUAAUAUGUCUCAUGACAAUAAAUAUAGAGUACCUAUGAAUUCAAAUGUUGAUCCUUGUGAUGUCUCAAAAGAUAUGAAAGAAAAUUAUAAAUAUGAAGAUAAUAAUUAUAAUAGUACUAAUAAUUGUUUUGAAAAUUCAGCAAAUUAUGUAUUAACUAAGAUCAGAAAUGUCGAAACCAAUUUAGAGGAAAUUGUAUUAAGUAAUUAUGUAUUUGUUUGUGAAGGUGGGAAAAGUAAUAUAAAGAAUUUCUUAAAUAUUAAUGAUGAAAAUAUAAAGAAUUAUAUGAAAUUUAUAAAUAUACAUUUCAGUUCUAAAUAUUUAAGUACAUUAAUGAUAUAUAAUCCAUCGAUGUUAUAUUUUUUAUUUAAUGAAUAUAUAGGUAUCUUAGUAUGUCAUGAUUAUAAAAAAGGAAAUGUAGUAUUACAUAUUCCUUAUUUAACCAAAAGAGAAAUGUUACUUUAUAGUAACCCUAAUAAAAUUAAAGAAAUUAUCAAUAAAUUAAUAGGUUUUAAUUUAUAUGAUAUACAUAUAUAUAAUAUAUAUAAAUGGACUAUGUAUAGUUCUAUUGCUUCUACCUUUAUAGAUAAUUAUACAAAACGUAUAUUUCUAUUAGGAGAUUCAGCACAUAAAUUACCACCUUCAGGAGGAUUUGGAUUAAAUUUGGGUAUAGGAGAUGUACUUAAUAUUUCUUGGAAAAUUAUAAGAAUUUUUAAUUUACAUCAAAAGAAAAUAAACCAAUUUGUUUUUAAUAAAACUAUUAAAAAUAAAUCUACUGAUCUAAAUGAUUACUUAUGUAAUGAUACUAGACUUUCUAAUUCUUUUCUUAAUUUAAUUAAAAAGGAAAUAAAAAUCCAAGACUUUAUAAUGAAUACCUUAUUUACUGAGAAGGAAAAAAAUAUGAUAUAUAAUUAUAUCCACUCUUAUAAUAUAGAGAGGAAGUUGGUGGCCAAUUUUACUAUUUCGCAGGCUGUAAAUAAUUAUGAAAAGGGAAAAAAUAUACCAUAUAUUUUGGGCUACAACCAGGAUAAUAUAUUAAUAGAUAAGUUAUCAAAAAUGUGUAACUUUAAAUCUACAAAUUGCCACAACAACAACAACAACAACAACAACAAUAAUAAUAAUAAGAAUAAUAAUAAUAAUAAUAAAAGUUGUGGUACUUAUAUAUAUAAUUACAACAAUUAUGGUAGUCAUACCUUUGGGGGAUAUAACAAACUUCAUGUUAGGAUUCUACAAAAUUCUCUCAUUUUUCAUACCCUUCUUCAAGGUUCCAAGAAAAUUAUCAACAUGCUUAAUCAAAUCCCAUUUAUUUUUUCUUAUAAAAAAAAAAAAAUAAAAAAUUUAGUAAACACAAGGGAAAACGUUUUAGGCUUAUUAUAUCCAGGGGCCGAUUUUUGUUAUUCUUAUAUUAAUACAUUAAAUAAUCUGGAGGAAUAUAUAAAUCAUCAUAAGAUAAUUAAAAAUAAUACCUCUAAUUAUAACCAUAUAUAUAAUCCCAAUAUGUUACAUAUAAAUAAUAAUAGUAAUAAUAAUAAUUAUGAUAAGGAUGAACAAAUGGAAAAUCAAAACGAUCAUAAUGAAAUAAAAAUUUUACCAAAGAAAUAUGAUAAUAUAAACACUAUAAAUAAUGUAUAUGAAAAAAAUAAUUUGGAACAUAAAUAUGAAAAUCAUAUACAUAUAAAUGAAAUGCAUAAUGAUAAAAAAUUUAGUUCAGAAUAUAUUAAUAAUAACAACAAAAAAUAUAAUUUUGCAAAAAGUAUGACCACUUGUAGUUCUUAUAAUUUUCAAAAUAAUUAUGAUAAGGAGGAAAACAAAUUAUAUGAUACUAACAAAAAACAAGAUAAGAACAAAAUUUUUUCUAGUAAUAAUAAUAUGGAAUCUAUUCCUAAAUUAAAAGUUUGUAAAAAUAUAUAUGAAUAUGAAAUACCUAAUAUAAUUGGAUCCAAAAUACCACACUUCAAUCUCUAUACAUUAGAUAAAAAUUAUGUUUAUAAAUUAUCAUCAGUUGAUUUACCUAUAUUAAAUAACCCUUCAUUAUCUAUUCUGAUUAUUCUUUUUGACGAAUUACUUUUGUAUGAAACAAUUAAUUUUUUGUUACUUAAUAAUAUACCAAAUGACAAGUUUUCUUUGUGUCUAUGGGACUCAGAUGUUUUCCUAUAUAAAGAUAAGACAAGUGGGAACAUGAAAUUGAUAAAAGAAGAAAUGUAUAAUAAUAUAGAUAAUAAAAAUAUAUCUAUGGAUCACGUUCAAAUAAAUGACUAUGUUUUAUUUAAAAAGGAGAAUGGUGAGCAGGAACCCAUUGGGGACAUUUCUUAUGUGAAACAUAUAAAUGGGAUUACCAAUAAAAAUAUAAAUGAUAAUAAAAAAAAUAAUAAAAAAAAAAAUAAUAAUAAUAAUAAUAAUAAUAAUAGUUACAAUAAUAAUUAUAAUAAUAGUUAUAAUUAUAGUCAUAGGGGGAAAAGAUCUAUUAAUUAUGUAUUUACCUCACGUAUUAUAAAAGAAAUGUUUUUAAACAUUGUAGGGGUUAAGUCAAAUAAUGCUUAUGUUAUUUUAAGACCCGAUAAGCAUAUUAUAUCUGUUAGUGUUAAUAAUUUAUUUGAUGAAAUAAAAAAAAUAAAUAAUAUAUAUAUAUGA